AUGGGACCUUUGAGAUGCUUGGUGAAAUCGGAGGACAAGCUGUAAGGGAAGAAAGCAUCUGGAUCAAAGCUAGAAAUACCUCUGUGGCUUGCUAAAGGGUUACAUGACAGCAAGAGAAGAAUAAUUUCUAUGGAACUGCCAAAGAUUUACAAGGAGGCCUGGAGGACAGUGUUCAGUGCUGAUGCCAAUGUGGUUGAUCUGCAUAAAAUGGGACCAUACUACUAUGGAUUUGGCUCCCAGCUCCUGAACUUUGACAAUCCAGAGAAUCCUGAGAUAGCUCAGACUAUCUUGCAGACAUUUAUUAGCCGUUUUCGUCGUAUUAUGGACUCCUCUCAGAACGCGUACAACGAAGACACAUCGGCGCUGGUGGCUCGGCUGGAUGAAUUGGAGCGAGCCUUAUUUCGAGCUGGCCAGAAAGGAUUGAAUGACUUUCAGUGCUGGGAGAAGGGACAGGCUUCUCAAAUCACGGCUUCCAGUCUGGUCCAGAAUUAUGGGAAGAGGAAGUUCACAGAUAUGGAUGGUUGAAAGCCUGAGGAACAUGGACCUGCAGUGGACACUGAGAGAUCUACACUCUGUCUGUCACAGAAAAGAAAGAUGAAUCAGCUUUGGGAAAGGCCAGACUCCUUGUCCAUUAAUGGGAAUCUUUCUCCAUAACAUCUUUGGAUUAGACAAGUGCAAACUUUAAAGGCAGAUGGCAAGUGUAUAAAGAAAAAAUAGAUUGCAUCACAGGAUAGCUUUAUGGCUUACUCAUACCACUCCUGAGGAUUUGCAGUUCUAGUCUUUCCUCCAUGGCUGAAAGGAUAUGGGAGGCUUUUCUGAAAGUAUAAUUAAUAUUUAUUACUCUUUAUCUUCUAAAUUGAUACUUACAGUACCAGAUCUAUAUGGGCAAAAAAAAGUGUAAUUCCUUAUAUUUCAUCUUGCCAUUUGUGUUCCAAACUCCUGGGAACGGCUAUUUCCAUCUUUCCCAUUCUUUGGGGAACCCUAGUAAUGUGAAAAGUGUGGUAAAACUGCCCGGACGUUUUCCCAUAUCAUGUUAUGCAGAGAUGUAGCAGCUACUCUUCAUUAGGCAUGAGGGGUUUUUGUUUGUUUGUUUUCUGGUAGCUUUUGUAUGCAGUAUCAGUGCCCAGAGAAGAAUACCCUCUGUUUAUCCAUGCAACAAUUGAAGUUGCCUUGCAGGUCUCAAAUGCUGCCUUGUUCUCUCCCUCCCUUUCACCCCACCAUCAGGGUGCCUUGAUUCUGUAUAGGGGCAGAGAGUGUUCUCAUUUGAUGUGGGCAGCCUUUGUGAUGGAGAUAACUCUACAAUGGGGCCUGUGUUGAACUCCUCAGCUCAUUUUGCAGAGGAGCCAUCAGGAAGGAACAAUGUGUCAGUCUGGGCUGGAUCAAAAGCAGCAACUUUAAUGGAAACUGCCCCCCAUUAUUAGCCUGAGCCAUUUGUUUUCCCAUGAGAAAUUCUGAUUGCUAAAUUUGGCUAAUAAUGAAGAGACAGAGCGAAUGAAUCGAGGUUCCUUCCUUCUGAUCCAUCAGUAAAACAUCCUAGUAAAUGUCAUUCUUGCCAGUGGGAGCAACUGGAAUUGGAACUUGCUAAAUAGCAGAAUAGUUAUUAUCCUAUAUAGAUGUAGAUGUCCUUAAACCUGGAUUUUGUGUAAAUCCCCUUGGCUAAAUGGGAGACAGCAAACGCAUGGUUCCUUCUGUAGGAAGCAAUUCCUGAGGUCAGCAGAAUGGUCAUCCUUGGGAAGUAAAUGUUAGACGUUUUAGAGGUGUUUCUCAACAUCUGUAGAAGGUGGCCCUUGUGGAAUAGCUAAGAGGAGGGGCUGGAUCAUAGUUGUACUGAGCACUCCCCUCCUCUUUGGGGUAUCACUGGGAGGUGGGAGUGGAUGUGAAACAAAACGUUCAAGAUUUUGUACAUUGAGAUCCAAGUCUUGUGGGAGCUGUUAUUGUAACUGCAGAUGUAUUUUGAUAUCAGAUAUGUCAAACUGGGUAAAGGACCUCGAGUACAAAGGGAGCAUGGCCAUUCCUUGGACAAGAGGAGUGAAAGCUCUGCCCCUUGAGGCUAUGAGAGAGACCUGGGUGCUGCAUCCAAAAGCACCUUGGCAUCUCUGUCUGAAAUGCACAGGGGCAGCUGUCCGGCCACAGGAGACUAACUCGAAGUUGUGCUUGAGAAGGGUUUUUCAGUAAGUGCAAGAUCAAAUGCUGCUGCACUUAAUGGCACAUAAUAGCCUAUGCCUCUUCAUGAAGUGUUUGUAUAUUUUUCCUUCUCUGAAUUUUUAUGUGAAUAAAUAUUUUGUAAGGGGAAGUUCUUCAUGUAAAUUGUUGCAAUUUCCCUGCAGCAGGAAAAUUGUCACGGAUAGGAAAGUGCAGGCCUUUGCAAAACUGUGGCCAUGAGGGAUAAUGCAGUCUUGUUCAUAUGAUUCCUUUUCUCUUUUAGGUAACACAUUUGGGAGCUAAAUGCAUGCAGUCAUGUGAGCACAGAAGUACUUCCUGUCUGACUUAUCCCACGUGGGCAACAGCAGUUUGCUCAAGUCAUGGGAGAUAGCUUAUAACAGAGGCACAUUGGAGGCUAUUGAUUUUAUAAAUAUGCAUCUUUAUGAAACAGGGGAUGGAUGGAGGUGAUUCCAUGUUACCCUGACUUUGGAAUUUUUGCCUAGUUGAUGGCAUAGCAGCGGGUAGUGGAUAGGAAUUGACUGUCUCCAUGUUUGUACUGUGCUGUCUCAAGUGCUGAAGCAUAGUCUCUUUUAAGUCACACAUCAAAACUGUGCUCAGUGCUCGAGCUUCAAGGGAAGUAAGUGUAAGUCCAUCUUCGAUGAAAAGCAUUUUAGAUUUGGAAGGAUUGUUUUAAGGAGAGAGUGACUUUGAAAUCUUGUUGGUUUACAAAAACCAAAAUCACUAGUUCCUCAAUUUCUGGACUGAUUUUGGAUCCAAACUCAUUUUCCUACAUCUUUAAGAAUAUUUUUCUUCUUUGCUGCUGGGAAUAAAUCUAAGCAGACAAUGUACACUAACCAGCAUUUUGUGCAGCCAGCUUCAGAGUGAGGAGACAUAGUCCUUUUUCCCUGAUAGUAGUCUUCAAUGUCACUGCAGGACUGACUUUUUGUAGAUAGUCACUAUCACUUUUAGUAAACCUGAAUGUUUAGUAAUAAACACCAGUAGGACCCUUUUAAAAUUUGAUCCUUUGAUUUUAAAUUACAGGAUUUGGUUAGAAGAUUUUUUUUUUCCCCUAGCUGGCUGAAAUGCUUUAUUCGAUCCAGAAAUACUUCAUUGUUGCUCCAGACACCCACUGCUGCUGAGAAGCCUUUUAAGAUAACUAACAAAAGCCUGCUCUGUAAUUUUUAUGAACACAAACUGUCCUUUAGCUUGCUGCUAUGCAACCAUAUAAGUUAGAGGAGUUUGGACUUGCAUAUUUCCAAAGUGGCAUAAUAAAUCUUCAUUACAGAACUGUACAAAAGAGGUCUGAAAGGGACUUUUAAGAGUCAUUGCUCCCAAUGACCCUCAGCUUUUAAACCGAAGGGCUGUUAACACUCAUGAAAAACAUUCUACAAACCAUUUCUUUUACAGUAUUGCCACAAUGGAUUUCAUUACAAUCAAAUAAAAAUUAGGCAAAAUUUGCAAUGCUGAUUAGUUAUGUGUUUACAUUAGUAUGUAAAAGAGCUAUGGGCUGACCUACAGCCCAGUCUUUUUCCUAAAGCAAGGAUUAGCUCUGCCUAACUCAUCUCAGAGUGAUGUUUGUCUAACCAGCCCUUUUAAAAACCGCCUCCACUGGAGAACCCACCGCCUCCCUAGACAAUGAGUUCCUGCGCCUAACUUUGUUCAUGAAACAUUACAGAGUUGUGCAUUUACUGACACAGCAGAAAGGAGGGUCACUUUCUGGCAGUGAAUCACUGUCAGAAUGAUUAGUGAAACUGAAAAACUCCUUCCUCGCCUGUGUUUCAGAUUAGCUUCUCUUAAGACUCUUAGCUCUCUUUAUCCCUUCUCUGUAUUUUUGUCAUGCAAAUGAGGCAGUCAUGGAUGUAUGAUCUAAAUCUAAAUUUUCCUUUUAUAAAACAUUUUUGGUUCUUCCUUUGCCCUAAACGACGUCUUAUUUUGUCCUCUGGCUUUGAUUGU